CCUCUUUUAGGGGGCUCGUGCUUGCCCUCCUUUUGUAGUGUCUACUGUUGCCUCUCAGUUAUGGAUGCCCGUUAUAAUCUCCAGAGUCAAUUGGAGCAUCUUCAAAUGAAGUAUGUCGGCACUGGAAUGGCAGAUACUAAUAGAUUCGAAUGGUUGGUCAACCAGCACAGAGAUACGUAUGCUUCUUAUAUAGGCCAUCACGAUAUUGUUAGCUAUGUUGCUAUAGCUGAAAACGAAAGUAUAGGUCGUGUAAAGUUUAAUAUGCUAAAAAAAAUGUUUGUUCCUUGCGGUCUUCCUUUGAAGAAAGAAGACGAUUAAUUUUAAAAAAGUUUCGUAUUAUUUGUCUUUGUAUUAUUAUA